AUGGGAAACGAAAAUAUCGAAUAUGGGCUCACUCGCGACCAACCGAACCCUCCACCCGGGAAGCCUCUUCCGGUUGACCACGAUGAUAACAACAACAACAGCCCGUCGACUCCUCUGCCGAGGGGCUGGCGGUUCUGGGCGGUAUUCUCAGCCAUCUGCUUCACGACUCUGCUCGCCGCCGUCGAGUCCACCGUAGUCUCAACCGCUCUUCCCGUCAUCGCCCGAGAGCUCGACGCCGGCAACUUAUACGUCUGGUUCGUCAACGCAUACUUUCUGACGAGUACCGCGUUCCUACCCCUUAUCGGCCAAAUGUGCGAUCUGUUCGGCCGCCGGUGGAUGAUGAUAGCCGUGGUGAGCCUGUUCGCCCUGGGCAGCGGCGUUGCCGGCGGGGCGGAUAGCGCUGCGAUGAUGAUUGCCGGACGUGCUGUGCAAGGGAUAGGAGGCGGCGGCAUCAACCUUCUCAUCGAAUUGGUCGUAUCCGACCUGGUUCCUCUCCGCCAGCGCGGCGCGUAUAUGGGGCUGGUAUUCGGCGUCUUCUCUUUGGGAACCGCUGUUGGGCCUCUGGUGGGUGGCGCUAUUGUCGAUGGCACCACGUGGCGAUGGGUGUUCUACAUUAACCUCCCAGUUUCCGGGGCGGCUUUAAUCCUGCAUCUGCUAUUCCUCCGAGUCAACUAUGACCGGGAGACGUCCAUACUCGAGAGACUCAAGAAAAUCGACUACGCGGGAAAUGCCAUUCUCAUCGGGAGCGUCGUUUCUGUUCUUAUCGCUCUUUCGUGGGGAGGAACGCGCUACGAAUGGAAAUCGUACCAAAUCCUCGUGCCCCUUUUCUUAGGGGUCUUCGGCUUGGUUCUUUUCCAUAUAUACGAAGGGGCGCCGUGGGUAAGGGACUACCCGACACUUCCGGAGCGUGUCUUCAAGCGCCGUACCCCUGCUGCGGCUUUGGUCAUCGCCUUUAUCAAUUUCAUCUGUUUGUUUUGGACCUUGUAUUUCUUACCUAUUUACUUCCAAGCCGUUCUUGGGAUGUCGCCGACGGUAUCCGGUCUCGCGCUAUUACCUACCGCUCUCCUGUCCGUCGUCACCGGGGCUAUUGCUGGUGUUGUAUUGACGAAAACAGGGAGAUAUCGACCAUUACACAUCGUCGCUUUUGCUUUGAUAGUAUUGGCACUCGGUCUUUUCUCGCGUUUCAACCGAAACACUUCCCAUGCCGAAUGGGUUAUUAUUCAAAUUAUCGCGGCUUUCGGUCUUGGCAUCAUGAUGUCUACCAACCUCCCAGCUGUGCAAGCCGACCUUCCAGAAUCCGACACGGCCGCUGCCACUGCCGCAUUCGCAUUCGUGCGCGCCUACGGCUCGAUCUGGGGUGUUUCCAUACCCGCUGCCAUCUUCAACGCCAAGUUUGCAAGGGAAUCAUGGCGUAUUGACGACCCGCAGAUAGAGGACCGACUAUCUGGCGGAAACGCCUACGAAUAUGCCAAUGCCGAUUUCAUACGAAGUUUCCCAGAGCCGCAGAGAGAUCGUGUCAUCGACGUGUACGCGCGCAGUUUGCAGCUGAUAUGGCAGGUCUCUCUAGCCUUUGCGCUACUGGGAUUUUUGAUAUGCUUCCUCGAGAAGGAGAUUGCGCUCAGGGCGCAUCUAGAAACGGAGUUCGGUCUGGAGGAAAAGAGACCGGCGGGUGGCUUAGAAGCUGGCUCUGAUACUACCGAAGUGAAUCGGCCUGCGCAGGAAUAG